AUGCCUGCCGCAAGGGGUGUCCGAAUUUUGCGCUCUUUGUUUGUAUACCGCUUUAGAACAGAUAGCCAACUAGCCAAGAUAAACCCUUGUGUCGUCACGGGGCGAUAUGAAAGUUCACCAGCUGAUAGUCACUUCUUGAUUGUGCUACCGUUUGCUUCGUCAGCACCGGGUCGUCGGUCUGUCGUGAGGGCAUUCGAUUUCACAACGGAUAGGUUUCAUAUCGUGAAGGUCAAAGUGUAUUGUUCCCUUUGGGCUCCUCAUUAUGGCCCAACUGGUGCUCUUGAAAAUAGGGAACGGGACCACAGCCUUGGCAACAGUAGCAUUGGUCCUUUUAAGAAGGACAGGUCGGUGUCUAUGCCGGGCGUAUUGGCUGGAUAA